CGUCAUCAUUACGCGUCUUGUGUCUCAGGUCGCAGCGUGUGAGCAUAACAUGGGGAGAGCGUUAAAUUGACAUUUAACAACUGUAAUGUUUAUAUUCACACAACCUUGACUGCGACGACUUUUAGCGACAGCGUAAACUGCUGUGAGUGGUUAGCUAAAAGUCAAAGUUAGCUCAGCUAACGUUAGCUAUACUCGCGUGGCUGUACUACCUUUCGCUUGUUUUGCUAGCUUCCAGCCCGCUAACAGCAUGGACAACACGCAGCAGAAUUCCAUCGAUCUCCACGGAGAUGAAGAAAUUAUUGAAGUCAUCGACCUAAACGAGAUGGAACCUGGUCCCGACGACUUGGCUGAUGACUUGGAGGAUGUUGACUUUGAAGACGCCGGAAACGGACACGAUGACGAAGGCUGGGAAACCGAGGACGAGAUGGAAGAGGACCAAGACGACAGCGAGCUCACCUUCUCCAAACACACAGGCUCAGUGUUCUGCGUGGGUUUGGAUCCCGUGACAAACAGCAUGGUCGUAACCGGAGGGGAGGACGACAAGGCCUACGUUUGGAGGCUGAGCGACGGAGAAGUUCUGUUGGAGUGCACCGGUCACAAGGACUCUGUGACGUGCGCCGUGUUCAGCCACGACUCCUCCAUGGUGGCCUGCGGCGACAUGAGCGGCUUGAUCAAGGUCUGGAAAGUAGAAACCAAAGAGGAGAUGUGGUCCUUCGAAGUGGGGGAUCUGGAGUGGAUGGAGUGGCAUCCCUGCGCCGCGGUGCUGCUGGCGGGCACGGACGACGGCAACGUGUGGAUGUGGAAGAUCCCCUCAGGAGACUGCAAAACCUUCCAGUGUUCGGCCUCUCAGGCCACCAGCGGCAAGGUGCUCCCCGACGGUAAACGAGCUGUGGUGGGUUAUGACGAUGGAACGGUGCGUAUCUGGGAUUUGAAGCAGGGAAACGCCGCCCACGUCAUUAAAGGUCAGGACGCACACCGGGGGGCGCUGACCUGCCUGGCGUGUAACAAGGACGGCUCUCUGGUGCUGACGGGCUCAGUGGACGGUUUGGCCAAACUCAUCAACACCGCCACCGGCAAGGUGGUCGGAGCGUUCUCUGUGGAUGGAGGCAAAGCCAAAGGCUCCAAAGAUCCGGAAGAAUCCAACUCUGUCGAAUCUGUGGGAUUCUGCAACAUCCUGCCUCUCGUUGCCGUGGCGUACCUGGACGGGACUCUGGCCAUAUACGACCUCGCCACCCAGGUCCUGAGGAACACGUGCGCCCACGAGGCCGGCAUCGUUAGCCUGCAGUGGGAAGAGUCUUCUUCUGUGGUGGCCACGUGCUGCUUAGACGGAGUGCUGCGCCUAUGGGACGCCCGGUCCGGCGGCAUAGUGUCCGAGUACAGCGGCCACACCGCCGAGAUCCUCAACUUCGCCGUCAACCGGGAAGCGUCCCUCGCCGUCACCGCGUCCGGAGACAACCAGGCGAAGGUCUUCUGCCUCCAAAGACCCGAUCGGUAAAGGGAGCGGAGGAGACGUCGCGGACACUUUAAUGACGUCAGACUCUUAGUCCUCUGACACUCUCCUCUGGAUUUUAAAAUGUGUGCUCCCCUGCUUUGGUGGGAUUGUAGCAUCCAAAAGAUAUUUUUUUUUUCCAGAUAAUUGAUGCUCAACUGAAGAAACCGAAGCUGCUUCUCUGAACCUUCUUCUAAUGUUUCUACUUACAGAUAAAACACAGACAGCGAAGUGGAUCCAUUUUGGUUCUGGUUAUAUGUCGUUCCGUGAUGUAUCUCGUCCUGGUUUACUCACUAACAGGAAAUAUGCGUCACUUCGCAGACACAUCAUUCUGAAAUUAGUUUGCCAAGUGUAAAUACAACACAAUAAAUCAUCUACUUUCAUCAGGGGGGGGACUGUGAAAGCUCAUCGGCUAAUGGCUCAUCAAUCACCUGCUGGGAGAAUGAUCUCGUGUGGGUCGGCCUCGAUGACGUGACGCGUACAGAGUAGGGUUGCGAAGGGGUCAGGGGUCAGGGUCUGCGCCUACGGAUGCUAUUUAGUACAAAAACACGACUCCGUUUGAUCCGACGUGAGUAGUACAAAAAAGUCCAAAAUGUGACUUUUAAAAGUGUUUGCAUGCAUGUCUGCUUAUGACAAGGCAAAUACAGUGAAAUUACCCCCGAACUUCCAGUUUAUUCCCAGUAAUUCCUGAAUAUUCCCGAGGAAAGUUUCCAACUUUGAAUGUUCCUGGAGUUUAAGAACCCUAGACGUGAGCACAUUCAGGGGGUCAGGGGGCUGUGGUUUGCUUCAGUUGUAACUGGUACGGGAAGAGGGAGGCGUAGGGAGUCGGUCUGCAGUUUUCCCCCAAAACCACAAGAUGUAAAUCAGCUGCAGGAUAUUCAAAAAGCGGACGCACAUUUAUAGUGACGCACCGUGGUUUAUUGAGGCCUGGACGCGUAACACUCUCUUUUAAAAACACAUUAAGAUUCUAAUCAUUUAAUGGAGAGCUUUAUUCAGCCUGCCACAAAUACUAUCAGGAUACUAAAGCCAUCACUCCUGCUCAGGGCACAUGUGACUUCCUGUUUUCAUCGUGUUGGUUAUGCUCGGUGAGAUGCACUUUGAGGCACAAAAUGCACGCGUUUCUGCGCAAUAACACCUGUUGGCGUGCGUGUGGCGUUCAGGGACCGCCGGAUGGUUUCCUCGUCCGUCACAAGAGCCCCGAAGGACAAAGGCGAGCAGGAUCACCGCCUCUUCUUGGCUAUUCAAUGGAUAAACAGAUGGCGAACAAUGCGCGCGUGGAAAGGCCGGUGCCAAGGCAAACACGUGGGCAGGAGGGGGGGGGGGGGGACCCAUUGAAAUCUCUUUUAUAAAAGCUCACUCGGGAAGUAAAAAGACACCCGGAUAUUAGAUGACUUAUUCCAAACAGCGUUAACGCGGGCCUCGGUUUAUUCAAGCAGCUCAUUUAGAGGCUCACAUCUGCCCCCGAGACAGCCGUCAAUGACUCAAGUCGCGCGCUGGAAGUUUCCACGAAACACGCAGAUUAGAUCGGAGACGCUCCGUCCCGCUCCGGCGUGAUGUUGUGGCUUCGUGUCCAGCCCGUCCUCCCUGCGUAGUGUCUUCUAGACUCUGGAACGUGUUUGUUUGAAGCCCUUAUCGGAGGCUCGUCCAUCUCCCCCCAACAACCCCCCCCC